AUGUCUGCUUGGCUUGUCUACCCUCACGGCAUCCACGGUGCAGAUACGGAGACUCUUGCUGGCCUAGUGAGCAGAAAUGGCAGGCCUUCAACGACAGCAUCUCAGGCCGUCUCUCAGGCAAAGCAGGAAUGGGACAAUAGCUUCUGGAGAACAAAUCAAUCUGGGGCGUAUACCGCGAUUGUAUGGGAGCUCGGGAACCAGCAGUGCUUCAUCAAUUCGUCAGUGACUGCACUCUGCCAGCCAGGCCUUGUUCCACAUUACUCUGUGGCGGCAAAAUCUGUGGCAGACAUCGAGGCUGCGGUUAAAUUCGCCAGCGACAAGAAUCUCUACCUUGUGGUGAAGAAUACGGGUCAUGAUCAUCUCGGACGAUCAAGUGGUCGGGGUUCUUUCUCCAUCUGGACUCAUAACCUAAAGGGAAGACAGUGGACAGAGGACUUUGUGGUCGAGGGAGCGCCCGCGGGGAGUCAAGGUGUUCCGGCUGUCACACUGCAAGCAGGGGAGCAGUGGCUAGACGUGUAUAGGGCUGCUUCUGAACAGCGUGUCAUCGUCGUUGGUGGUCACGCUAGAACUGUUGGAGCUGCUGGAGGAUGGUUGACUGGUGGCGGCCACUCAGUCUGGUCCAAUCUAUAUGGUCUGGGUGUUGACAAUGUAUUGGAGGUCAAGCUGGUCAACUCACAGGGGAAACAUGUGACCGUCAAUCAGUAUACUGACCCAGAGUACUUCUAUGCCUUGCGAGGUGGAGGAGGAAGCACAUGGGGUGUCAUCACCUCGGUGACUUAUCGAACUCACCCCGAACCUGCACAUAUUCAGGUGGCGGCUGUCCAGAUCAAUGCCACUGCCCAUUCAAGCCUUCGUCCAGUCCUAGAAGGUUCCCUGGGUGCAUUGGUCAAUAUGACGGACGCCGGAUAUACGGGGUACGGGUACCUCAGUAACGGCUUUUCUGGCCUUUUCAUUCGACCUGGCGGAACCGAAGCAGAAUUGACCUUGGGUUCUGCCGCUUUCCGACACCUGAGCCGUAUCAAUGGAACCAACCUUGCCAUGUUCAAUUUCACUUUUCCUCGAUGGAUCGAUUACUGCAACGCAUUCCUCCAGGAUCCAAACAUCGCCCUGAACGUCAUGGAUUCGUCUCGACUUCUGACUUCGGAUAUGGCGUUCAACAAGGCAGGUGAAAUUGUCGACAUGAUGUUGGAAUUCGGCCCGGAGCACUAUCCUUCAUUCAAUUUUAUCGGACACGUUCACUCGGCAAUGCGCGAAAACACUUCCGUCCAUCCAUCGUGGCGGGACGGCCGAGCGGUAAUGAGCUUUGGCACUAACUGGGAAGACGAUGCCCCGGAAGCCAAAAAGCACCAGAAGAGGCUCGAGCUUGUCGAGAUGAGUAGGCGGUGGGCGCAGAUUGCGGGACCAGAUGCCGGGACUUAUAUGAACGAAGCCAAUCCCUUUGAGCCGAACUGGGAAAGGGUCUUCUGGGGAUCCAACUACGAACGUUUGCUGAAGAUCAAAAAAGCCAGGGAUCCCACGAACCUUUUUGCCUGCAAUCGAUGUGUAGGUUCCGAGAUUGUGUAUGAACCAUGA